AAUAAUGAAUGGAAACACGUCGUAGCCAAGAAAGUCAAGCAGCAACUUCACAACUUCUUGAUCGCGAUUUAGAAAGUCCCUAAGUAAAGGGUUGGGGAGGAAAAUAGGAAACGUAGGACUCGAAAAGACUGCGAAAGGAAACUGCACUGUAAAGGCGUGGGUAAAUGGCAUUUGGGGUCAGUAAAGCGACACUACUGGACUGUCAGUUUUUCGACUGGAGAAGUGGAUCGUUUGGAUUAUUACAUUAGUCACAUCGCUGGAAUACGUGGGUGAUUUUCCUUUUUUUUUUUUUUACUUUACGACACUGCUGUGACAAAAAUGGGUAAUAUAGAAAGUGUGGACGGUCAGACGGAGAUGAAGCAUCACAUCAUGCCUCUAAAGGUGCCCAUGCCGGACCCUCCUGAGCUGGAGGAGAAGUUUGCCAUUGUUUUGAACUCUAUGAACCUUCCGCCGGACAAAGCCCGGCUCCUCAGGCAGUAUGACAAUGAGAAGAAGUGGGACCUGAUUUGUGACCAGGAGAGAUUUCAAGUGAAGAACCCACCUCACACAUACAUCCAGAAAAUACGAGGAUACUUAGACCCCGACGUAACAAGAAAGAAGUUUCGCAGGAGGGUACAGGAGUCUACCAAAGUCUUAAGGGAGUUGGAAAUAUCUUUGAGAACAAAUCACAUUGGGUGGGUCAGGGAGUUCCUCAACGAUGAGAACAGAGGUCUCGACGUCCUGGUGGAGUACCUCUCCUUCGCCCAGUGUGCUGUCAUGUUGGAUUUUGAGGGGCUGGAGAAUGGGGAGGAUGGCUUCUUGGACAAGGCUAAAUCUUGGAGCAGGUCCAUAGAGGAUUUGCAUCAUAUGAGCUCUCAGCCCUUCUGCAACACACUGGUGCGCUCUGCCCGCCAGUCUGUCUUCCGCUAUGGCUCAGUCUCCAGCAGCAAAACCAUCAAGAACUCCCGACUUGUCAGCCAAAAGGAUGACGUGCAUGUGUGCAUCAUGUGCUUGAGAGCCAUUAUGAACUACCAGUAUGGCUUCAAUAUGGUCAUGUCUCAUGCGCACGCUGUCAAUGAAAUUGCCCUCAGCUUGAACAAUAAGAGCUCACGGACAAAAGCCUUGGUCCUUGAACUGCUUGCUGCUGUCUGCCUUGUUCGAGGAGGUCACGAGAUCAUCCUGUCAGCAUUUGACAACUUCAAAGAGGUCUGUAAAGAAAAGCAUCGUUUUGAGCGACUGAUGGAUUACUUCCGCAGUGAAGAAGGAAACAUCGACUUCAUGGUUGCUUGCAUGCAGUUCAUCAACAUUGUGGUCCACUCAGUGGAGGAUAUGAACUUUAGAGUCCACCUGCAGUAUGAAUUCACCAAGCUGGGACUGGAUGACUACCUGGAGAAAUAUAAACACACAGAGAGUGACAAACUGUCGGUGCAGAUCCAAGCCUACCUGGACAAUGUGUUUGAUGUGGGUGGUCUUCUGGAAGACGCAGAGACUAAGAAUGCAGCACUGGAGAAGGUGGAGGAGCUGGAGGAGCACCUGUCUCAUGUGACCGAGAAGCUUCUAGAGGUUGAGAAUGAAACAAUGAUGAAGGUGGCUGACUUGGAGAAGGUUCUCCUCCAGAAGGAUAAGGAUCUUCAAGCAAUCCGGGAGACGUACGAGUCCACCAACACGCAGGUCAACACCCUGAGGAGGGUGAUCAAAGAAAAGGACGCCGCAUUCCAGAGGCACUUCAACAUCGAGAGGCGGCUGCUGGAGCUGGAGCAGCAAGGCACCAUCCGUCUGCACAAGAAACCCGAUGGAGACAUCGCCAUCGAGCCACUUGGCGUUGGGGGUGCGGGUGGCGUGGUAGGAAGCGGCGGCCUUGGCAUCCCCCUGGCUGACAUUGGAGCUCUAUCUUUGGGUUCAACAGCAGCCUUAACGGAACCGGGAGGACCGGACCCCAGUUUGCCCCCAGCCAGUGAAGCUCCACCCCCACCUCCUCCACCUCCACCGCCUCCUCCUCCUCUGCCAUCUGCCACAGGCCCCACUGCACCAGUUCCACCACCACCACCACUUCCGCUGGCUCCACCUCUGCCUGAAGCUUCUCCUUCAGUCAUCCUGAGUGUGGGUCUCUCAGCUAUUAGAAUCAAGAAGCCCAUCAAGACUAAGUUCCGCCUGCCUGUGUUUAACUGGACCGCCCUCAAGCCCAAUCAGAUCAACGGCACCGUAUUCAACGAGAUCGAUGACGAACGGGUGCUUGAGGUACUGGAUUUGGAGAAAUUUGAGGAGCUAUUUAAAACACGCGCCCAGGGUCCAGUUGUGGAUACGUCGUGCACAAAGAGCAAAGUCGCUCAGAAAGCGGUAAACAAAGUCACACUGCUGGAUGCCAAUCGCUCCAAGAACUUAGCAAUCACACUGAGAAAGGCUAACAAAACCACAGAGGAGAUCUGCAAAGCAAUAGAGAAGUUUGACCUGAAGGCCUUACCUGUCGACUUCGUGGAGUGUCUGAUGCGCUUCCUGCCCACGGAAGCAGAGGUCAAGGUGCUGCGUCAGUACGAACGGGAACGGCGUCCACUGGACCAACUGGCAGAGGAGGACCGCUUCAUGCUGUUGUUCAGCAAGAUCGAGAGGCUCACGCAAAGGAUGAACAUCAUCACCUUUGUCGGGAACUUUGCUGACAACAUCAACAUGCUCACGCCACAGCUCAACGCCAUCAUCGCUGCCUCUGGCUCAGUGAAAUCCUCACCAAAGCUAAAAAGAAUGCUCGAGAUCAUCUUAGCCCUGGGCAACUACAUGAACAGCAGCAAGCGAGGGUGCGUUUAUGGCUUCAAACUGCAAAGUCUUGAUCUGCUGCUGGACACCAAGUCUACAGACAGGAAAAUGACGCUGCUCCAUUACAUAGCUCUCAUUGUGAAGGAGAAAUAUCCUGAGCUGGCCACUUUCUACAAUGAACUGCACUUUGUGGAUAAAGCUGCAGCGGUGUCACUGGAAAAUGUGCUGCUGGAUGUGCGAGAGCUGGGCAAAGGCAUGGAGCUGAUCCGCAGAGAGUGUAGUCUCCACGACCAUUCGGUCCUCAAAGGCUUCGUCCAGGCCAGUGACUCACAGCUGGACAAGCUGCAGAGGGAUGCCAAGACUGCGGAGGAAGCCUUCAAUAAUGUGGUGAACUACUUUGGAGAGAGCGCCAAGACGACUCCACCCUCUGUAUUCUUCCCGGUGUUUGUGCGCUUUAUCAAGGCAUACAAGGAUGCCGUGGAGGAAAACGAACAAAGGAAAAAGCAGGAGGAAGCAAUGAGAGAAAAGUUACUGGCUCAAGAAGCCAAACAGCAUGACCCUAAGGUUCAGGCCCAGAAGAAGAGGCACCAACAGCAGGAGCUGAUUGCAGAGCUGCGCAGGCGACAGGCCAAAGACCAUCGGCCCGUGUACGAGGGCAAGGAUGGCACCAUAGAGGACAUCAUCACAGUACUGAAGAGCGUGCCCUUCACAGCCCGCACGGCUAAACGUGGCUCACGGUUCUUCUGUGAAGCCAACCUCUGCGACGACGCCAACUGCUAGCCCCUCCCCCUCUUAAUGCCAAGGUUGUCCAGAUCUGAGAAACCAGCCUUACCUGAGAGCUGAUGCCUUGAUCCGGAACGGUUGGAAGAGACCCUAAACCACUUAUUCAUCCCUUUUCUGCCCUCUCCCCCGCUAUAACCCUCCUGCCCGUGUCGGCUGCUGGUCUGUUUUGACCCUGAGGCUGCACAUGACAAAGACUGAAAAAACGUGGGGAACAGGACAGAGGCUGUGUUUUAGCUGGGUAAUUUAUUUAUUUAUGGAGGCCUUUUACAGCCACUUCAAGCGAGGGAAGCACAAAGGGCCAUUCUCUCGCUGCAGGCAUUAGACUUUCUCCGCCACAGAGUACAGGUGAGCGAAGCGUGCCAAUGUGCAUCUCAUUUCCUUGCAACUGCACAAAGACGUGGACUCCGAGGCAAUCAAACGGAGGUGUCGCCUAUGGGACUCUUGCAAGAGAGACAUUUCUUCCUGGCUGUGUCGUCAUAAUGCACACAUGAUUGCCAGUUGUAUCCGGGAGAUUCUGCUAAGCCAAAAAAAAAAAAAAAUCCAAACGUCUCAUAUUUUGCAUAUGUGCCUUUGGUGUAAACAGUGUUAUGUCUUAAUGUGUGUAUUUUACACUUUGGAAGAAUGUAUUUUUAUUGCCUUGUACUAUAACAUUGGCCUUAUGAUAGUGAAAUCAAUAUGCAAAUGUUUAGUUUUUUCAGAAUGCAGAGGGAUGCAAAAAAAAAAAAAGCCUCCUGACUGACUGUUUUGCAUCAAUGUGUGCCUUGUCUGAGCUCGACAACACUUUCUGCCACUUCGGAAGUGACAAAUGUAUGAAGAUUGCUGAUGGACUGCGCUCAGCGAAUGUGGUGACGGAUGAAGGAUGUUUUCAUUUGUUCUCAUGUCUCUUCCAUUUAUCUCAGUGGAGAUGGAGACGACAAAGGGAGGGACCCUUGUUACACUACUUCCUAUGACCAAUUAAAAAGCUGACUAUUAAUAUACUGUACAAUCAAAUCAAGAAAUUUACUAGAAAAAUGAUCUUGCAUGGAUUGUUUUCUUUGUAAUGAAGAUGAAUUAUGUAAAAACUACAAUAUCAAGCAUUUUCUCCAUGUUCAUAUUUUAUUUUUUUAAUGGUCAAAUUCUGGUGUUUUCCAGCAAGAAAUGUCACCCUUGUCCCCUUUUGCCUCUCUAAAUGACAGACAUGAGCCACUGUACAUUUCUACUAUAAAAAUCAAUUUAAUUUCUUAUAUCAAAAAGAAAUAGAAUCAUAAAAACAAUCAGAACCACAUGUAUCCAUGUGGGUUUUUGCCAAUACAUGUCUCCAACUGUAAGAUGAUUGUUUUAAUUUACAUGAUCAGAUGCUUAAAAAAAAACUGUUAAAAGCUGAGGGCUAAAACAACUAUUCCUCUAGAAUGACUGAGAAUGUGUGUGUGUUUGUGUGUAUGUGUGAGCACCAUGCAGAGUUAUAUGGCAGAUUAGGGCCCACGACCGUUAAAGCUGUGCGGCCAACAGUGCGACACAGCGAGAAGAACAUUCUUAAAACAAACAGAUGGUUAGCAUUAGCAGCAUAGCAAAGGAUUUAACAAAGGAAUGCUUAUCAGGAAGCUGAUCAGUCUCCAUCUUGGGAAUGCACUUAACUGUGAGCAUUAACCUAAAUUGCAUGUCCACGUAAUUACACAUAAUUCAAAAAACAAAAAGAGAGAAAAGAUGUUCUCCCAUGGAAGUACCAUUCAAUGAUCACCCCGGCCUUUCCUCAAAGUACAGUUGCGGUCAAAAGAGAAGGAACCAAAAAAACUCAAUGCAACAAUUUUCGGCUAAUUAUUUCUCACAAGCUUGUCGUCACUCGAGCAAAGAACCGUCCCAACAUACUGUAAUCUGCCUUCUUUCCAAGCGUGUCCUGCAGUAAACCAAGGCCACAGUGUCCAUCCCAGACAUUUCAUCCUGGAAUGUGGACUUUGUUACAAUCAUCAUCAUCAUCAUCAUCAUCCAGCACUCACACACUUAAAAACUGUUAAAAAGUACAGACUGCUAUUUGUUACUGAUGUUCCUGGGUAUACUUUCAAGACACUUUGUUUAUAUAUCUUUAUAUAUAUGUAUGUGUGUGUGUGUGUGUGUACUGUAUCAUCUAUAUGCAAAUAUAUAUAACUUUAGUCUGUGCAAGGAGGUGAAAGACAAUCACUUGAAUGUAGCAGGACAAUGCUACGCCCUCCACAUGUUCAUGUUGUGUGCAGGAGAAAAAAAACAAAAAACAUCUCAUCUGUUCCGAGUUGGACCUCCAGCAGCAAACAAGACCUCAUCCACCGCACAAGAACUAAAUUGGCAAUGUCUUCUAGGAUGGAAGAAUAUUCCUACCUUUCCCAACUUUACAAGUCAUACAAAAAUAAAAAAAAAU